AUUCGCAGUGCUCAGAUUUCCGAAAGUCCGUGGAGGCAUCGGAAGGCAGUGAAGAUGGCGGACUGUAGACGUGUUCCUCUGCUCCUUCGUCUUCUGUGCAUAUUCUUAUUUGAGCUUCACGUCUUGGGAGAAAACGACCCCAUCCCCAAAUUUAUCCCCAAAGGAGAAGCUAAAGUGCCGGCAGCAGUGGCUCUGGGGGGCGCUGCCGGGAACCCCGCAGCCGCAGAGCGGAGCCUCGGAGCCGCGGCCUCGCCGCCGCGUAGGCGCUCCGCCGGCUGGAAGCUGUCCGAGGAGCCGCUGUGCAGGGACGACCUGGUCCGGCUGUGCCCCAAACACACGUGGAACAACAACCUGGCGGUUCUGGAGUGUCUCCAGGACCGGAAAGAGGAAACGGAAAUUGCUGCCGAAUGCAACCAUCUUCUAUGGAACUACAAGCUGAAUCUAACAACGGACCCAAAGUUUGAUUCUGUAGCCGUGGAGGUGUGCAAGACCACCAUCUCUGAGAUCAAAGAAUGUGCUGCAGAGGAGCUGGGUAAAGGUUACCUGGUGUCAUGUUUGGUGGAGCAUCGCGGCAACAUCACUGACUACCAGUGUAACCAGUACAUCACCAAGAUGACCACCAUUAUCUUUAGUGACUUCCGGCUAAUCUGUGGAUUCUUGGGCAAGUGUCAUGAUGACAUCAACGCUCUUCACUGUGGCAGCAUCAGCACCAGAGAGAAGGACAUCCACUCGCAGGGUGAGGUCAUCGCCUGUCUGGAGAAGGGUUUGAUCCGGGAGGAGGAGGGGCAGCCAGGCGCUCACCACAUCAAGGACGACUGUAAGAAGGCCAUCAUGCGGGUGGCUGAGCUCUCUUCGGACGACUUCCACCUGGAUCGCUACCUGUACUUGGCCUGCAGAGAUGACAGAGAGCGCUUCUGUGAAAACACGCUGGCUGGAGAGGGGCGCGUGUACAAAUGUCUCUUCAAUCAUAAGUUUGAGGAGGCCAUGUCUGAGAAGUGCCGCGAGGCUCUGACCACCAGGCAGAAGCUGAUCGCACAAGACUACAAGGUGAGCUACUCGCUGGCCAAAGCCUGCAAGUCUGACCUGAGAAAGUUCCACUGCAACGUGGACACCAGCCUGCCGCGGGCCCGAGAAGCACGCCUCUCCUUCUUGUUGCUCUGUCUGGAGUCUGCUGUUCAUCGGGGUCGAGUCGUGAGUGGAGAGUGUCAGGGCGAGAUGAUGGACUACAGGCGGAUGCUGAUGGAGGACUUCUCCUUGAGCCCAGAGAUCGUACUCAACUGUCGCACUGAGAUCGAGACCCACUGCUCUGGUUUGCACCGUAAAGGGAGGACGUUGCACUGCCUGAUGAGGGUCGGCCGAGGAGACGUGGGGUCCAUCGAGCCCAACUGUCAGAAGGCGCUUCAGGUACUGAUCCAGGAAGCCGACCCAGGUGCCGACUAUCGCAUUGACCGGGCACUUAACGAGGCCUGUGAGUCCGUCAUCCAGACGGCCUGCAAGCACAUCCGCAGUGGAGAUCCCAUGAUCCUGUCGUGUCUGAUGGAGCAUCUGUACACGGAGAAGAUGGUGGAGGACUGUGAGCACCGGCUGCUGGAGCUGCAGUACUUCAUUGCCAGAGACUGGAAGCUGGACCCCAUCCUCUACAAGAAAUGCCAGGGCGAUGCGACACGUCUGUGCCACACUCGCGGCUGGAAUGACACCAGUGACAUCAUGCCGCCUGGCGCCAUAUUCUCCUGCCUGUAUCGACACGCGUAUCGCUCCGUUGAGCAGGGCCGGCGGCUCAUCAGUGAUGCCCCUGGAACAGCACAGCAGGGUUUGACCCUGUCUCGAGACUGUAAGGUGGAGGUGCACAGGAUUCUCCACCAGAGGGCGCUGGACGUGAAGCUGGACCCUGAACUGCAGAGGCGCUGCAUGACAGACCUGGGGAAGUGGUGCAAUGACAGGACGGAGCCGGGGCAGGAGCUGGACUGCCUGCAGGACCACCUGGAGGAUCUGGCGCUCGACUGCAGGGACGUAGUGGGGAACCUGACCGAGCUGGAGUCAGAGGACAUCCAGAUCGAGGCGCUGCUCAUGCGGGCGUGUGAGCCCAUCAUUCAGACGUACUGCCAUGAGGUCGCUGACAACCAGAUCGACACGGGCGACCUGAUGGCAUGUCUGGUUCAGAACAAACACCAGAAGGAGAUGAACGAGAAGUGUGCUGUGGGAGUCACGCACUUCCAGCUGAUUCAGAUCAAAGACUUCCGCUUCUCCUACAAGUUUAAGACCGCCUGCAAGGAGGACGUCCUCAAGUUGUGUCCCAACAUCAAGAAGAAGGUGGAUGUGGUGAUCUGCCUCAGCACCACGGUGAGGAAUGACACCCUGCAGGAUGUCAAGGAGCACCGAGUCUCUGUCAAAUGUCGCAAACAACUGCGGGUGGAGGAGGUGGAAAUGUCAGAGGACAUACGCCUGGACCCAGAACUCUAUGAAUCCUGCAGGCCAGACAUCACAAAGCUGUGUCAAAACGUGGCUCCUGGCAACGCACAGAUUAUUGAGUGUCUGAAGGACAAAAAGGAGAAGCUGACGCCGCGCUGCCACCAGAAGGUCUUCAAGCUCCAGGAGGUGGAGAUGGUGGAUCCUGAACUGGACUAUCAGCUGAUGAGAGUUUGCAAACACAUGAUCAAGCGCUUCUGUACCGAGGCAGAUGGCAAAAAUGUUCUCCAGUGUCUGAAGCAGAACAAAAACAGCGAGACAAUGGAUCCCAAGUGCAAACAGAUGAUCACCAAGAGACAGAUCACCCAGAACACAGACUACCGGCUGAACCCUGUUCUGAGGAAAGCCUGUAAGGCGGACAUCCCCAAGUUCUGUUCGUCCGUCCUGAACAAGGCGACGGCUGACACGGAGCUGGAGGGUCAGGUCAUCUCCUGCCUCAAGCUCAAAUACGCUGACCAGCGACUGUCGUCUGAUUGUGAAGAUCAGAUCAGAGUCAUCCUUCAGGAAUCAGCGUUGGACUACAGGCUGGACCCACAGCUGCAGAUCCACUGCUCGAGAGAGAUCUCCACUCUCUGUGCAGAGGAGGCUGCAGCACAGGAGCAGACGGGACAGGUGGAGGAGUGUCUCAAGAUCAACCUGCUCAAGAUCAAGCAAGAAGAAUGCAAGAAGGAAGUGCUGAACAUGCUAAAAGAAAGCAAGGCGGACAUUUUUGUCGACCCGGUUCUUCACACGGCCUGCGCUCUGGACAUCAAGCACCACUGUGCCGCCAUCCCCCCCGGCAAAGGCCGACAUAUGUCCUGUCUAAUGGAGGCUCUGCAGGACAAACGCGUUCGUCUGCAGCCCGAGUGCAAAAAGAGACUCCAGGACCGGAUCGACAUGUGGAGCUUUGCUGCUAAGGUGGCCUCUGCUGAGGGCUUGUCCGAUCUGGCCAUGCAGGUGAUGACCUCUCCGUCCAAGAACUACAUCCUGACUGUGAUUGCUGCCGGCGUGGCACUGCUCUUCCUCAUGGGGCUUUUCUGUGGGAGAAUCACUAAACGGGUCACUCAGGAGCUGAAGGACAGGUAGACCCCGCCCACUCUGAAGUCUGGACGUCCCCUCUGGAGACCCCCCUUCCUCCCUGAGCAGGCUGUCAGGUCAUCUGUACUGCUUCAUUUGCCCUGCUCUAUCCUGGUUCCUUUCAAACUUUCAAUUUCUACAGAGGGUCCCCACAUGGGAAUGACGUUGCCCCCCCACCACCACCAAACUAAGUGGGUGUGGCCAGUGACUGUGCCGCAGUGCUCACCCCCCGCUCUUCAGUGCGCCACACCCCCAGCCUCUGCCAUUUCCUUUCUGUCCCCAGUCUUCUUUGAGGCUCGAGGUUGGAGCUCCUGACCUCCCGCUGCGUCUCCUCACCCCCCCGCUUUGCUUUGGGGUCGGAGUCAGGAGGUGGGGGGAGGGGGCGAGGGGUGGGAGAUGUGUUGUAAAUGUGUAGAAAGUUUGAUGGGAAAUGCUCGUGUGAGAGCAGACUUUUGACUCCAGUCUUUUAAUGACAAGAAUAUGUGAGAGAAAUCAGAGCUGAUUCUAGCCCCGCCCCCUUCUGCGUUUUGAUCUUUUUUUCUUUUUUUUUUGGGGGGGGGGGGGGGGGGUCAAACUGCACUCAUGUGUUUGAUUCUAAUGCCACUAGUCUGCCAUGUGGGUGGAGCCAACAUGCCACCUGUCCUUCAAGUCACAAAAUGGAGGGAGGGGGUGAAUCCCAAAUGUUUGGCACUAUUGGGCUGUAAGCUCCUCCUACAAGGGGAGGGGCAUCAUCUGUGGUCAAUUCUUUUUUUCCCUUUGUUUUAAGCAGCUGACACGACAAUAUCAGCUUUCCUCCAGUGCAGUCAACACAACAGAGCAUUACUCACAACACAACACAGACUCGCAUAACACAACAGAGCAUUACUCACAACACAACACAGACUCGCAUAACACAACAACAGAGCAUUACUCACAACACAACACAGACUCGCAUAACACAACAACAGAGCAUUACUCACAACACAGACUCACAUAACACAACAGAGCAUUACUCACAACACAACACAGACUCGCAUAACACAACAACAGAGCCUUACACACAACACAAUACAGACCCACAUAACACAACAACAGAGCAUUACUCACAACACAGACCCACAUAACACAACAGAGCCUUACACACAACACAAUACAGACCCACGUCACACAACAACAGAGCAUUACUCACAACACAACACAGACCCUACAUAACAACAACAAAGCAUUACUCACAACACAACACAGUCCCACGUCACACAACAGAGCAUUACACACAACACAACACAGACCCUACAUAACAACAAUAAAGCAUUACUCACAACACAAUACAGUCCCACGUCACACAACAGAGCAUUACACACAACACAACACAGACCCACAUAACACAACAACAGAGCAUUACACACAACACAACACAGACCCUACAUAACAACAAUAAAGCAUUACUCACAAUACAAUACAGUCCCACGUCACACAACAGAGCAUUACACACAACACAACACAGACCCACAUAACACAACAGAGCAUUACUCACAACACAAUACAGACCCACACAACACAACAACACAAUAGAGUCCAACAACACAACACAGUCCCAUAUAACAAACAACACAACCUCAGAGAUGAGGUGAGGUUCCACGGCAGACUGCAGCGGUAUUCCUUCUAAAACUGGUCCUGAUCCCGGCAUGCUUUUGGCUCGAUCGGAGUGGGGUCAAACGUGGAUUGUGGUCCCGGCCCGUGUGAAGGCGAAGCAUGCCCCUCUGGUGCGGUGGGAUCUAUGGUGGGGAGUUGGCAGAGCAGAAGUGGGUGUUGUGGGUGCUGGUUUGUUCAGAGACUCUAAAGAAAUGCAGAAGUUCAGUCCAGAUUCUUAAAUAUGUGAAGAUGAUACUGGAAUCAUUGCACAUUUUGUUCUUUUAUAUCUUUGAAUAUAUAUAUUGUUCUGUUGUAGCCUUAUUUAUUUGUAACUCAUGGUCCAUAGUUUUCUGUCAGCUGAAUGUUCUGCAGUUGCCUUUUCUUGCGGUUGAGAGGAGCCCCCCCCCGUAUGGCGUCUGAUCCGGUCCUCUGCUUCCUGUCCAGCUUGCUCCUCCCGGCUCAGACGUCACCGUUGACAGAUAAAGACUGCGUGUCCCUGCGUGAGCGGGACAGAUGCUGCAGGCCCGGUCCGGAGGCGUGGGUGCUGGACUGCAGGGUGACACCGUAGAGCCUCCGGGUGACGUUUGCAUCUCAUUGGAGGGUUCUGCAUUCACCCCCCUCCCAUCAUUUCCUGCUCUCAGUUCUUCAUCUGUUUAUCAAAGUGUGCCUAAUCACCGUCCUGCUGUACAGAACCUCCCAGAACCUGCAGCCCCUUGAAGAGCAGUGUGUGCGCGUGCACGUGUGUGUCGCCCUGUGCUGGCGGCUGCUCAGCUUCACAUUCUCAUGACUGGAAGGUAUCAUGUUUUGUCUGUGAUGAGAUCUUUUGUAAAGCGGCUCCGUACCUGAAUACAUUCAGCUCCUGACGGUCCUUCCUCCUCAGAUUUAGUCUGUUUUGUUGCUCUGUACAGAUGGAAAGUGAACAGUUUAAUAAUAAAGUCUGCAAGGUUUCUAA